CCAGACUCGAGAGGGAGAGGAGGAGGGAGUCCGAGGGGAGAGACCCAAUUAGCUGCAGGGAUUGGUCGGGUUCGGCUCCGCCUUCGGAGAGUCCCAAGAGAUGGGUGGCGCGGCGGCGGGUACCAAGUGGAUCCACCACAUCCAGCGCCUCAGCGCGGCCAAGGUGUCGGCGGAGGCGGUGGAGCGGGGCCAGAGCCGCGUCAUCGACGCCUCCCUCACCCUAAUUCGCGAGCGCGCAAAGCUCAAGGCAGAGUUGCUGCGUGCUCUGGGUGGCGUGAAAGCUUCAGCGUCGCUCUUAGGGGUCCCUCUUGGUCACAACUCAUCCUUUUUACAAGGCCCUGCAUUUGCUCCUCCACGCAUACGGGAGGCCAUUUGGUGUGGAAGCACAAACUCUAGCACAGAGGAAGGCAAAGAAUUGAAUGAUCCUCGGGUGCUAACUGAUGUUGGAGAUGUCCCCAUUCACGAGAUCCGUGACUGUGGUGUCGAAGAUGACAGAUUAAUGCAUGUAAUUAGUGAGUCUGUCAAAACAGUGAUGGAGGAGGAGCCUCUUCGACCGUUGGUGUUAGGAGGCGAUCAUUCAAUAUCUUAUCCAGUGGUUAGAGCUGUGUCUGAAAAGCUUGGAGGACCUGUUGACAUACUUCAUCUUGAUGCACAUCCAGAUAUCUAUGAUUGUUUUGAAGGGAACACUUAUUCGCAUGCCUCGUCAUUUGCCAGAAUAAUGGAAGGUGGUUAUGCCAGGAGACUGCUACAGGUUGGAUUGAGAUCAAUCACCAAAGAAGGGCGUGAACAAGGGAAGAGAUUUGGUGUGGAACAGUAUGAGAUGCGAACCUUCUCAAAGGACCGAGAGAAGCUUGAGAAUCUGAAACUUGGGGAAGGCGUAAAGGGUGUGUAUGUCUCAGUUGAUGUGGACUGCCUUGACCCAGCGUUUGCUCCUGGGGUCUCUCACAUCGAACCUGGAGGCCUCUCCUUCCGCAAUGUCCUCAACAUCCUCCAGAAUUUGCAGGGUGACGUUGUCGCCGCUGAUGUGGUGGAGUUCAACCCACAGCGUGACACGGUAGAUGGGAUGACAGCCAUGGUCGCCGCGAAGCUGGUUCGGGAGCUCACUGCUAAGAUCUCCAAGUGAAACGGUCAGGAUUGCACCACUCUUCUUGAAGCAAAGCGAAAGGGUGGGUUUUGAUGUCCCGGUGGUUAUUGGUCAUGGUUUCUAUGUAUCGAGCACCAAAUUGUUCGACAUGUGACAGGUUUAUAUGUUAAUUAGGUUGCAAUAACACCAUAAUGGUUUAUUUAUGCUGGAUUCUGAAAUCU